GGUGGGGGCAGGCCGCAGGGGACGCCUCCCCGGGUGGUCGCCGCGCCCAGGCCAAUGAGCGCGCGGCGAGCCGCGAUGGAGGCUGGGGCGGCCGGGAGCGCCCGGGACCCCCGCCGCCGCCGCGCCCCCGUGCCCCCGCGCCCCCGCGCCCGCGGGGCUGGAGAGGGGGCGAAAGAGGCGAGGCGCCCGCGCCCGCCAUGGAGGCGUCUCUGGCCCGCGCCGGCCGCCUGAGCUGCGCUCCGCGCCGCCGCCGCCGCCGCCGCGCCUCGAAGUUUGCCGGCUGACUCGGAAAGUUGCGCUCGGGCUCUGCCGCCGCGCCGCGUCUAACCUCAGGGCCUGCCCAGUUCGCCGCCGCAGCCCUCCGCGGGGCCCGGGCCCCGUCGACACCCGCAGCCCCGCCUGCCGGGGGAUGUGAGCCGCGGCCUCCCCAAGAGGCCGGGCGGGCUGCACGGGCCCCGGCGCCUCCCGAGGCACGCGCGGGCGAGGGGCACGCCCCGGCCCCGGGCAGCUCGGGUCGCCAUGGGCAUCCAGGGCAUGGAGCUGUGCGCCAUGGCCGUGGUGGUGCUGCUGUUCAUCGCCGUCCUCAAGCAGUUCGGCAUCCUGGAGCCCAUGUCCAUGGAAGAUAGCAGCGACAGUGAGCUGGAGCUGUCCACAGUGCGCCACCAGCCGGAGGGACUGGACCAGCUGCAGGCACAGACCAAGUUCACCAAGAAGGAGCUACAGUCCCUCUACAGGGGCUUCAAGAACGAGUGUCCCACGGGCCUGGUGGAUGAAGACACCUUCAAACUCAUUUACUCCCAAUUCUUCCCUCAGGGAGAUGCCACCACUUAUGCACACUUCCUCUUCAACGCCUUUGACGCCGAUGGGAAUGGGGCCAUCCGCUUUGAGGACUUUGUGGUUGGCCUCUCCAUCCUCCUGCGAGGAACAGUCCACGAGAAGCUCAAGUGGGCCUUUAACCUCUACGACAUCAACAAGGACGGCUACAUCACCAAAGAGGAGAUGCUGGCCAUUAUGAAGUCCAUCUAUGACAUGAUGGGCCGCCACACCUACCCUAUCCUGCGGGAGGACGCGCCUCUGGAGCAUGUGGAGAGGUUCUUCCAGAAAAUGGACCGGAAUCAGGACGGGGUGGUGACCAUUGAUGAGUUCCUGGAGACCUGUCAGAAGGAUGAGAACAUCAUGAGCUCCAUGCAGCUGUUUGAGAACGUCAUCUAGGACAUGUUAGUGGGGAGGGGUCCUUGAGUGGCCACCACCACCUCUGCCCCCAGAGAAAUCUCAAUCCUGCAGGAGCAGCCUCCAUGAGAAACUUUUUUUCUAAUAUAUUUGCAAAAAG